AUGAAACCACUUGAAGAAAAAGCGAACAGGAAAAUUGACAGAAAGCUCCUCAAGCCUCAGGUGGAGAGACGUCGGAGAGAGAGAAUGAACCACAGUCUGGAGAGCCUGAGAACCCUGCUGCUGCAGGGACCACUACAUCAAGGUGUGACUCAGCGUAGAGUGGAGAAAGCUGAGAUCCUGGAACACACUGUUCUCUUUCUCCAGAACACUGGCGAUGGGGACAGGAAGAAAGGUGAGGAUGGAGAAAAGCAACAUCCCUUCCAGGAUGGCUUCUCAGGCUGCCUGCAGAGAGCUGCACACUUCCUGGGGCAAGAAGGGGAGGGCCUGCAGCUGGAGGCAGCACUGAACUCUACUUUCUCUGCUCGUCUGAACAGCCAUGCCUGUAUGAACACCGAAGUCCCGGCUAAAGCCCACUCUUCCAACUCUCUGCCCAGCACAACGUGCCACCAGUCCUCACACCUGAUGAAGAUACAGGGGUCCCACUACAGACAACAGCUUUGUGAAGUCUACAGGAGACAUCUGUCUCAUGCUCACAGAGCUCCACUCCAACAUGGAGAUCCCAAACCCCCCCAGCUGCCCCACAGACACGCUGCCAAAGAAGCCCAAUCCCAGAACCUCCCAGACAGUCAGUCUCUCCUCAAGCCUCAGGUGGAGAGACGUCGGAGAGAGAGAAUGAACCACAGUCUGGAGAGCCUGAGAACCCUGCUGCUGCAGGGACCACUACAUCAAGGUGUGACUCAGCGUAGAGUGGAGAAAGCUGAGAUCCUGGAACACACUGUUCUCUUUCUCCAGAACACUGGCGAUGGGGACAGGAAGAAAGGUGAGGAUGGAGAAAAGCAACAUCCCUUCCAGGAUGGCUUCUCAGGCUGCCUGCAGAGAGCUGCACACUUCCUGGGGCAAGAAGGGGAGGGCCUGCAGCUGGAGGCAGCACUGAACUCUACUUUCUCUGCUCGUCUGAACAGCCAUGCCUGUAUGAACACCGAAGUCCCGGCUAAAGCCCACUCUUCCAACUCUCUGCCCAGCACAACAGCUCCACUCCAACAUGGAGAUCCCAAACCUCCCCAGCUGCCCCACAGACACGCUGCCAAAGAAGCCCAAUCCCAGAACCUCCCAGACAGUCAGUCUGUGUGGAGGCCUUGGCCAUGA